AAAAUCUUUUCACAACGAAUUCCUUCCCUGACACAGUUAAAUGCAAAUUAUCCACCCCUCCCCUCUCCGUCUUACUCCAGAAAGCUCCUGCAUACACAGCUGAAACGCCACCUACUGCAAAGCCCAGGGGACAGAGCAGGCGACGCUGCCAGCAUUUCCAUUCCAUCACCGGGCUGGAGCUGAAGAAAGGCGUGUUUGUUUGGCAGUGUUUCUUUUUAAAAAAUCUCAGAGCCAAGAAGAACAAGCUGAACUAGCAUCUGAAAUAGCAUUUUCAAAAAUGGAGCGUAAACUAAACAGGAGAGAAAAGGAAAAGGAAUAUGAAGGGAAACACAACAGCCUGGAAGAUGCUGAUCAAGGAAAGAACUGCAAAUCCACACUGAUGACCCUCAACGUGGGUGGAUAUUUAUACAUUACUCAAAAACAAACACUGACCAAGUACCCAGACACUUUCCUUGAAGGUAUAGUAAAUGGAAAAAUCCUCUGCCCGUUUGAUGCUGAUGGUCAUUAUUUCAUAGACAGGGAUGGGCUCCUCUUCAGGCAUGUCCUAAACUUCCUACGAAAUGGAGAACUUCUACUGCCAGAAGGGUUUCGAGAAAAUCAACUUCUCGCACAAGAAGCAGAAUUCUUUCAGCUCAAGGGACUGGCGGAGGAGGUGAAAUCCAGGUGGGAGAAGGAGCAGCUAACGCCCAGAGAGACCACUUUCUUGGAAAUAACAGACAACCACGAUCGCUCCCAAGGACUGAGAAUCUUCUGCAAUGCUCCUGAUUUCAUAUCAAAAAUAAAAUCUCGCAUCGUCCUGGUGUCCAAAAGCAGGCUGGACGGAUUUCCAGAGGAGUUUUCAAUAUCAUCAAACAUCAUUCAAUUCAAAUACUUCAUUAAGUCUGAAAAUGGCACUCGACUUGUACUGAAGGAGGACAACACCUUUGUCUGCACCUUGGAAACUCUUAAGUUUGAGGCUAUAAUGAUGGCCUUAAAGUGUGGCUUCAGACUACUGACCAGCCUGGACUGCUCCAAAGGGUCAAUUGUUCACAGCGAUGCACUUCAUUUUAUCAAGUAAUUACCUGUGCCACGAACAAAGGCAACAAGCAUGCAGCCAGCAAGCUUCGGAAAACCACAGCGUCAAAGGCAUCCCAGACAACGUGCCCAGCUAGCUCUGCAUUCAGAGCCCUGCUGCUCAUCAAUUACUGUAAGCUCACGGUAUGUAAAUUCUGUUGCUCCAGAUGUCCUUCUGUAGGGUUUCCUGCUGUUUUUUUUUCACUUUAAACCGAAAACAGUGACCAUCUACAUACUGUAAAUAAAGACUGAAUGCUUUUGCUAUUUGUUUAUUUGUCCUUAAGCUGUUUUUCAAUCAGAAUGUCUUGGGUGCUUCCACAAUAAACAAGCAUGUACGUUAUCAUUCAUUUACGUAAGUGGUAAUAAAAUAUUUUAAGGGGCUACAAGAUUUAAAAUCUUUUCUACUUAAUGGCAAAAAUCUACAAAGAAACUGAACUGUAAAAUUAACCACCGAGAGCAAAAUAGAUGUUCAGAUCUACUAAAACAGUGUAGUGAAACCAAAUGAGACUGCAAGGUUUUAAAGCUAUUGAUUUAAUUUUUAAAAGCAGGCACCAAAAGCUCAUUCACAGUUUCUGUAUUGCAUACCAGAAUUACAGUUGAAUUGAUAUACUGCUCAACAUUCCUAGAAAACUGCUUGAUGAAAAUAAAAAAUAAAAAUAAAAGCACUAACAGCUUCUUUGCUUGUAUUAAUAAUAUAAUAAAAAGUUACAUAUGUCACUUUUAAAACAAGCAGUACCACUAGAUGAUUUCACACAUUGUUCUGCAUUGAUGUAGUCAACUAGCAGGAUACAGUAACCGUGGCUGGUCUUGCAAGUGACAAAAAUCAGCAAAUGUGUUUCUUUGCAGGCUGAGCUCCAUCACAGUGUGAACAACUUAGUUUUAACAGAGUAUGGUAUUAGAGUAAUACAGGAGUUCGUUUUCAGAA